UUCUGCAAAUAUUUUGUGCGAUAAUUGAUAUGUAAAGUGAAUAUUUAAUUUUUAGUGUAUUAUUUUUCUUUUGGGACAACAAAACUGAAAGUCUGCAGAAAAUCUGUUUUGUUAUCAUAGAUUAAUCUAAAGCAAUUGACAUCUAUUUUAAUAAACACAGAUAAACAUGGAUGGUGAGACAAGCACAAUAAACUAUAAAUGGCAUAUCUUCAGUCUGAUUAUUCCAAAAAAUACCAGGAUUUGCUCAUAUCCAUUUUCUACACGAAAAAAUCUUAGUUUUGAUAUCAGUAUUGGAAAAGGUCUUCAAGCUAAUGCUAUUGACUUACAAGUAAGAAAAAGUGAUUCAAGACAAGGUAGCGCUGUUAUGUCGAUUGAAUUGGUUAAACAAAAUAGCGUUAUACCGUCGGAUGUACUAAAACGACAUAAAAGAGAUAAAUUUAGUAGUUCUAUAUAUCAAAAUGAAUCAAAUAAUAUUUAUAAAUUAAUACUCAAAGACAAUACGACUGAAAAAAAAGAACUAAAUGAUUGGAGAGAGGCAUGUACUUUCAAUUUUUCAAAAUUUGAUAUCCCACCACUUAUAAAUACAUUUUUACAUGAUUGUUGCAUCAAGGAUUUAAUUAUUAGUUGCACAAUAACAUGGCGUGGUUUCAACAAACUCGAGGUUCAAAGAAUUCCUCCGGUGCUCCAGCCAUAUUUCAAAGCAGAUGAAUUUAGUGACAUUGUUUUGGUAGUUGAUAACCAUAAGCUACCAGCUUAUAAAAUUAUUUUAUCGGCGCACAGUCCAUACUUUCAUGCAAUGUUUACCACAGACAUGAAAGAAAGUAAAGAAAAUCGCGUUGAGAUUCAAAACUUCACUGUUGAUCUAAUCACUGAAAUGCUAGAGUUUUUUUAUACUAACAGAACAAAAGCUACUGAAGAUGUCGAAUCUUCUGAAGAUGUCGAGAGAAGCUCUGCAGAUGGUUCCAGUUGCUGAUAUUUAUCAAAUAAACAGUUUAAAAGAUAUCUGUGAAGCUACUUUAUCGAAAAAUAUCAACUUGGAUAAUGUACUACCCAUUUUUUGCACAGCUGAUGACCACAAUCUCACUAAAUUGCGUAACAAAACUGUAAUUUAUAUGAGAAACAACAAACAGAAUGUCUUUAAAAUUCCAGAAUUCAAAAAAUUAUUUUACAAUAAACCUCGUAUCAUGUAUGAAUUUACUUAUGCUAUGGCAACUUUAUGAUUAUAUUUUUUUAUCAAUAAUCAAUAAAUCAUUAAAUUUAUAUAAAAUUA